AUGCGGGGAAGCCAUUCUGGGGCGGUGGAUGUUGGUGGCAUUGCGCCUCCUGGUCCUCCAGUUCCUACGGGUCUGGAAUGGCAAGAACUGGCAAUAUCUAUGUAUAAAGUAAUCUGUUUAAUCGCUUGCCUCGUAUCAGCAUCAACCGCCUCGUAUUACGGUGGAUUCGGCGGAAUUGGUUUAGGAGGUCUGGGUGGAUUUGGAGGUUUAGGAGGUCUGGGUGGAUUUGGAGGUUUAGGAGGUUUGGGUGGAUUUGGAGGUCUUGGCGGAUAUGGAGGCGGUCUGGGGGGAUAUGGAGGCGGUUUAUUAGGCGGCCUUGGUAGUUUUGGUGGUCUCGGCUAUGGAAAAUUCGGCCACUACGGCUUGCCUUAUGGUGGAAUACCUUUCAUCCCUCCAUUCUUUGGAAAACAUUACGGAAAAUAUUAUUAG